AUUUAUCUUCAACAACUUCUUCUCAAGAUUUUGUUCUUAUCAGUCCACCGAGAAAUGUUAAUGAUUCUUACGCAACCGACCAAUCUAGUAAUAUUAGCAUUCAAGGUCAUUCUUUUGACGAUGAUGAUGCUGAAGAUCUAGAUUCUGAGGCUUCUUCGGAUUCUUUUGAUGCUAUUGAUGAUUCUCAUCAAUUAAGGGACGAUGACGAUAUUCCUAUUCAACCUUAUUCAAAACUUAGAAAUUACAAGCAUUAUCAAUUCAGUUUUCCUGUCACGUUUCGUGUCAUGUAUAUCGGCUCGGAUCCUUCUGGCGAGUGUAAAAAGAAAACUUUCUCAAAAUUUUGUAAUAGUUUAUCCCAAAUCUUUUGGGAAGAUGCGGAAAAUACAAAUGCUACUGGUGACAUUAGACUUGAAAAAAGAUCUAUCGUUUUUCCUGUUCGUAAUAGCCCUCUUCAAGUUGAAUAUUGUGAUGAUUCUUGUGUUGCUCUUUGUGAGGCUGAUUUCACAAAUGGCUCUCAUGAAAAAGCUUUCGAAUAUUUAAGAAGACAAUUCGAAAUUACUGAUCAUGACUCUAAUUUGGUCGAUUUAUGUGUUGUCUUUUUACCUUUUGAUUAUAAUAGUUUUCCUCCUGAUUUAUUACCUACUAUGAAAAAAUUACAAGAAAGAGUUACUUUAUUUCCUGUGAUUUCUUCAAAUGUUCAAAGAUAUUCUAAACUUGAACGUGAACAAAAAAGACGUAUUAUUGUAAAAAAAUUAGAAGAAAAUGGUAUUGAUAUUUUUAUGUGGAAAUCUGAUCAAAUUCUUGAAGAUUCUGACAUCAUGGGUGAUUCUAAUUCUCGUCACGAAACUGUUUAUACAAAAAAAAUCUUAACUGUGGAUGAAUUUAUCAAAUUCGAUAGUGCACAAGUUUAUGAAGACCUUCAACUAUUUCGUGCUCGUGCCAUAGAUCUUAGAAAUGAUCGUUUACGUUAUGAACGUGCAAAGCGGCGUACUCAACAAUGUGACAAAAUUGCUAGUAUAUUAAGAGAUUUUAUUGUCAUGUGCAUGAUUCUCUAUACCGUCUACUUGUUUGUUUCUAGUGUUUGGCAUUAUGCUGAAUGGUCGGUUAUUCCAUCAGAAUUUGCCCAAUCACUUCAGGCUAUAUCACGCGCUUCUUUAAAGACUCCUAAUGGCCCUCAUUGGAUUGACAUAGGAAAUGGUGACGUUGAUACCCAAAUAGAAGUUGUACAAGAAUCUUCGAAUCAUUAUAUUUUUGAUGUAGUGAAUAAGAAGAAUUUCUAUGAUCAUGCUGAAAAAGAUGUUUUUGAAGUUGUUGUUACACACAACCCACCCCAGGUUUUGGGUCGUCAUUCGGUUUUAGAUUUAGGUAAUGGUAGAUAUUCUUUUGAUAUUGAUACUUCUAAUGCAAAAGGUGAUGUUAUUAUCGAGAUAAGAAAGAAUGGGCAAGUGGUUAAAGUAUUCCCUUGGUAUCCUAAGAAAAAGGAUAAAGCUGGUGAGAAGUCAAAAGACACUACUAUUAGCAAAAAGUCUGAGAAUAUAAGUUUCUUGGAUUCAUUUAAUAAUGCCGCACUGGACAUAAGCCUGAAAAUCAAUAAUGCCUUCGAAAAUGCUCUAUAUUGGUCUUAUUCAUCAGCCGUAUAUAUUGAAGAUAAAGCUAUUAUUGUAUUACGCCAUAUUGGCGAACAGGCAACGAUAGCCGCUAUUGUUGUAUGGGAAUCAAUAAAAUAUUGGAUUCCUUUCGUUUGGGAAAAAUUAUUGAUUUUUUCUAAUGAUUACGUGGCGAGGCUUAGGUAUGCCGCAAAGAGAAUCAAGAAAGGUGCUUUCCGGAUGGGAAAAUACAUGAAAGAUUAUCUCGACCUCGCUGAAGAUGACC